AGUUUUGCUCCAGGGCUGAGCCGGUUCCCGUUUCCAUCCAUGGCGACGCCUUGCUUUUUCGCCGGGCCUCCCCCACACCGGGCACUGCCCAGCCGAGCCCUUGCCCCCGCCCCGGGACAGUCCCGCGCGCCGUCCCGCGCGCCGUGCCACGCGCCCGUCGUGGCCGCGAGUGCGGCGGUGGCGGUGGCGACGGCAGGGCGGGGGCGACGGCGCGGAGUAACCCGAAGGGUGGGGAUGAUUGUGUACAUUCCCACCGAGGUAGAUGGAGAUUCCUGCUCCCCACCUUGGAAAAAUGAUGUGAUCGAUGGCAUCUCAGAAGAAGUGCUGGAGGGGCUGGAAGCGCAAGGUGGUCUUGCGGAUGCGGUGAUCAACAUGGGGCAGAGAAAGGUGCGUGGAUGUUCCAAAGGCGCCAAACAAGUGGCGACUUUAGGGCCUGCCAGUUGUGAGGAGGAGAUGCUGGAAAGGCUCUUCCUUUGUGGGGUAGACACCUUCAGGCUGAACUUCUCGCAUGGCGACCAUGAGGAGAAGACGGAGCUGAUCCGAAAGAUCCGAGCAUUGGAGGCCAAGUAUCGCCACCCCAUCGCCAUCUUGGCGGAUAUGCAGGGGCCCAAACAAAGAUGCGGAAAGUUUGCAGAUCCCGAUGGUGUGGAGUUGAAGAAGGGCCAAAAGUUCCGUUUCGACUUGAAGCCCGACUUGGGAGAUGAGACUCGCGUUCAACUGCCGCAUCCGGAGAUCUUGAAUGCGCUGAAGCCACAGAGCAAGCUGCUUCUCGAUGAUGGGAACAUCCAGAUGGAGAUCCUCCAGCAGGGCUAUUUGGAGGCCAACAAGAGCAUGGCCAUGCAAACAUCCAACCAGGACCCUCCUGAUGGCAACCCCUUCGUGGAUUGCAAGGUCACGGUGGCUGGACGAUUGAAGGCGAACAAAGGAGUCAACACGCCUGAUGUGAUUCUGCCCAUGUCCCCGAUUACGGAGAAGGAUAAGGAGGACAUUGAGUUCGCCUGUAAGGCUCAGGUGGAUUGGAUUGCCAUGUCCUUCGUCCAGACCGCAGAUGAUAUGGGUGAACUCCGGAGGCGCGUGAAUGGUCAUGGCUUCAAUGAGAUCAAGCUCUUGGCCAAGAUUGAGAAGCCCUCAGCGGUCGACGAUCUCGAGAAUAUUUUGGAAGAAUCCGAUGGCGUCAUGGUGGCGCGAGGGGAUCUGGGCGUAGAGAUGCCAGCGGAAGAGGUGCCCUUCGUUCAGAAGCGGAUCAUCCGUGCUGCCAACGAGCAGGGCAAGCCAGUGAUUGUCGCAACGCAGAUGCUGGAGAGCAUGAUCAAGAACCCGACGCCGACGCGGGCGGAAUGCAGUGACAUCGCCAACGCCAUCCUGGACGGCUGCGAUUGCGUGAUGCUGUCCGGCGAGUCGGCGGUCGGCGAGUACCCCACCAAGGCAGUGACGAUCCAGAGGAGAGUCAUCGAAGCCACCCAGGCCAACCAGGUGUCGAUGCCGCCGGUCCCGGAAACACUGAAGCUGAAAGAUGAUGGCAAAGAUGAUGGCACAGACGAAGUGCUGAAAGCAGCAGCCAGCUUGGCCAAGGCCUGCAAGGCGUGUACGAUCGUCGUUUUCACGGCCACCGGCCGCACUGCACAGCUGCUGGCGCAGAAGAGGCCUGGGAUGCCCAUCUUGGCGGUGUGCAAGUGCUUGGAGGUGGCGCGCCGGGUCUCCUUGCUGCACGGCGUCUAUGGGACCAGCGAUCGGGGUGCUCAAGAUUUAGCCACACGGGUGGAGAAGGAAGGCUCCUACAAGGUGCGCUUCUCCGAGGCGGUGGACAUCGCCUGUUUUACUGUAUCUUUGGAGAUUUCCACCGGGAGAAGCACUGAAGGUGUUCCACUGGGCAGUGGUGGUCGCACGGCUGCCCUUGUUCCAGAGUGGACGGCUGAACACCAUCCGCAUCGUCCAAGCGAUGGGCGCCAAGCAGGCUGAUGGCUAUGGACCAGAGGAGGAUGGCGAGGACGACACAGACCUGGCUUACUUUGAGGAUUAAGUCCAGCUGGGCAGUUUAAUACUUCAAGAGAUAGAACUCUCACAUUAACCAUAAGACUCGUCCUCUCAAGACUGAGCAGGAGAACAUGUAUUGCAGUGCAGAGCGGUGACACU